ACUGGAUGGUGGAGUUUUCCGUGUUCUAGGUGACCCUAUCCAGACCGACGGAUACAAAUACACCAUGAAGAUCCUCGUAAAAGACUCACUUCAGCAACCACUAGGCCACACCGACGUUACUCAUCAUUAAUUCGGUCUCCGCGCUUCAUUUUCGCUCAUCAUGGCCAUUGCAGAGGUCAAAGACAUCAAGGAAUUCGCAACGCACCAUGAGUUCACGGAAGACAUCGCCAUCUCCAACCAAGUGGACAUACUCGAGUUGGAUGCCAUCGAACAAACACCAACUGGAAAAUUCGUAUGGCUUGUCACUCUUACCGCCUCGAUCGCAGGCGCACUAUUCGGGUACGAUACCGGUAUCAUUUCAGCUGUGCUCGUGUAUCUGGGCACAGAUCUUGAUGGUCAAAACAUGAACGCGGGACAGAAGGAAGCCAUUACCUCACUAUGUUCUGGUGGCGCCUUCUUCGGUGCCAUCAUGGCUGGUCUCACUGCCGACAAGUACGGUCGCAAGGCAGGCAUUUAUGUUGGCUGUGCCCUAUUCACCAUCGGUGCGAUUCUCCAAGGAGCAGCAUACACCUUCGCGCAAAUGUGCGUCGGCCGUCUAAUUGUCGGAUUUGGUGUCGGCUCAGCUGCCAUGAUCGCGCCUCUAUAUAUUGCCGAAAUUGCACCUACUAAGUACAGAGGCCGCAUGAUUGGACUCAACAACAUGUCGAUUACUGGUGGCCAAGUCAUUUCUUAUGCCAUUGGUGCCGGGUUCGCGCACGUUCCCAACGGCUGGAGGUACAUGGUCGGCCUCGGUGGUGUUCCUUCGAUCGCAUUGGCUUGUCUGCUACCCUUCUGCCCGGAGUCUCCUCGCCAGUUGAUCUUCCGUGGGCGAGAGGAUGAAGCGAAAAAGGUAUUUGCACGCGUCUUCCAUGCUGCGACCGAGGAGCAAAUCAACAACAAGAUCCGCCUGAUCAAAUCCUCCAUCGAGCAGGAUUUGACAGUCACCGAAGGUAAAACCCGGUGGCGGCUCAUCAAGGAAUUGCAUACGGUUCCGCGCAAUUUACGCGCCCUGGUUGUAGCGUGCGGCUUAAUGGUCAUCUCCCAAAUGAGCGGCUUCAACACGCUCAUGUAUUACUCUUCCACGUUAUUUGCCCUGGUAGGCUUCUCGAAUCCCACAGCAGUCGGUCUCGUCGUCGCUGGUACGAAUUUCGUCAUGACUGCGAUCAAUGGGUUUGUCGUUGAUCCAUGGGGCCGCCGAAAAGUGCUUGUCACGCUUUCCUGGGGUAUGUCAGCUGGACUUUUGGCUGUAGCUGUGGCCUUCAUCUACAUUCCUAUCAACACUGGAACUCUUGAGCUUGAGCAGUCGACUGUUUCCACGGCCGCCGUUGUCGUCUUGGUCUUCAUCAUCUGGUUUGUAGUCUUUUACGGUGUCACUGUGGGCAACACCGCCUGGAUGAGCACCGAUUUCUUCAGUCAGGAGGUACGCAGCAUGGGCACUAUGUGGCUAACCUGCUCUUGCUGGGCAUCUAAUGUCAUCGUCUCCUCCACGUUCCUUACGCAGAUGCACUCUCUCACUCCCUGCGGGACCUUCGGCUUCUACACUGCCAUCUGCUUCAUUGGCUGGCUUCUCAUCAUUUUCUUCUACCCUGAAGUCUCAGGGCUCACAAUUGACGAGACGACUGAGGUGUUCGACAAACCAACAUUCAAGAUGGUCAGUGAAGCUCGGAAGCUGAGAAACGAGCGCAGGGCUGCUGGCCAGCUCCUAAAGGUUGAGAAGUCGAUGGGUGGACACUAGAGCGGAGAAGGACGUGCCCUGGGUCCCUGUCACAGGCGUAUGGGGCGACA